AUGCUUACAUUUGGACUUACUUCUAGGGCUGCCACAACCUGCCUUGACAGCAUUUCUGCAUUCAACAAAGAAGCUACAGAGAGACCAUUUGAUGAAGGCUUCGCUACUCCUACAUGUCGAAGGCUAGAUAGUGGAUACAUGUGGGAGAGUAGGGGUAUUGGGGAUUGGGUGAGGUUUCAACGCAUCUACGAGUACAUUAGUGAAACGUUAUGA